CGUUGUGUAGUGUUUACUCCGGUAAAAAAUUUUCAACAAAAUUAGCUUUUUGUAAUUUUUUGCUCGAAAUCGCGCAUCCACUUAAUUAAAGUAUGUCUAAUAGCGAUGGAUACACAAUCCAGCUGUCAAAGGAUAAGGGUCGCGGCAUUUAUGCGUUGCGUCAAUAUACGGCGGGCGACGUGAUAUUCGAGGAAGCGCCUUUAAUCUCGGCCCAAUAUUGCUGGAACGCCGCUUAUGGGUAUGUUGCGUGCGAACAUUGCCUGCGCCCGCUGGAAACGGCCGAAACAAAUGUCCGAAGACUGACGAACGACGGAAGCAUCUCGUUGCCGUAUUUGGAGUGCUGUCCCACGCAGGAAUGGCUGCUGCGACAAACGAUUAUGUGCAAUUGCGGCGUGCGGUUUUGCAGUCAGGACUGCUUUGUCAAGGCCAUGAGCACAUAUCAUCAUACGCUGUGUCUCGGAGAUCAGAGCGACAAUCCGGAUCAUCCGUUGAACAAACUAAUUGACGCUUGGAAACAAAUGCAUUAUCCACCGGAACAGGCGAGCAUCACGAUGGUUCUUCGUAUAUUAGCUUAUAUUAAACAGUGCGAGCAGAAAUAUGACCUUCUCAUGCAAUUGCGGGACUUUUGUUUUGACGUCAUGAACGAGGAAACUGGCAUUUUUCACAAGAUUUUAGGCGAUAACUUCUCACAACAGAUCGAAACGUUGCAUAAACUGACGAUUGCUGCGUUUCCCGGCGAGGAUUUUGGUAACUAUUUGUCACCUGAAGGCUUCCGAUGUCUCUUCGCGUUAAUUGGGCGCAACGGACAAGGCAUCGGCACAAGCCCGUUCGCAAUGUGGGUGCAAAAUGUCUCGCGUCUCAGCAUGCCAGACGACGAACGCAAAAAGGUAGACAAAGUAAUUGACGAUUUGUACGACAAACUCGAGGAAGUUGCCGGGCAAUUCCUCAACAGCGAAGGCACCGGUCUCUAUUGCACGCAGAGCAAAAUUAAUCACAGUUGCGCCCCAAAUGCUGAGGCACGUUUUCCGUACUCGAAUUACAUCGUGGCCAUUACAGCGACGCAGGAUAUCGCGCCCGGCGAGGAAAUUUGCAUUUCGUACUUGGAUGAGUGCAGUCUCGAACGCAGUCGGCACUCGCGACAAAAGAUGCUCCGUGAUAAUUACUUGUUUAUCUGUAAGUGUGGGAAGUGCGAGGCGCAAGUUGGCGAACCGGAUCUCACGAGCGAAGACGAAAUGGAGUCGGAAAGUGACGAGGGCGCGGAUGCCGGCGCAGACGAGAAUUAAUCGCACAUUUUUUGACAUAAAUUUAAUUUUUUUCUUCUUCUUCCUCAGAUUUUCAAGUUCUAAAUAGAAUAAAAGACAAAAAGUUGAAAUAAAAAAAAAUCGCAACAGCCCAAGAAAGUCUUCGUAAAAAAAACUUUUUUUUCUUAAUUGUUUCUAUUUAACAAUAAACAAAAUUGUUAACCUUA